UCCAACGUAAUUUGUAAAUUUCUUCAUCUAAAUAAUACGUAGUAGUGUUUUUGUGAUUGUACCAGAACAGGUUGUGAAAAAAUUUUGAUCAUAAGUGUUUGAACUUGAUCGAUGGGUAUUGAUAAGUAGAAAAAUUGCUCACCCAGAUACUCAAGAAUUUUUGUAAUGGCUGAUGUUGAGCUUAAUAUUGACGGUCUCAUACAAAGGUUAUUGGAAGUUCGAGGAUGCAGACCAGGCAAAUCGGUGUCUAUGUCCGAACAAGAAGUUCGAGGAUUGUGUUUGAAAUCACGAGAGAUAUUCCUUCAACAGCCCAUCUUGUUAGAGUUGGAAGCUCCUUUGAAGAUAUGCGGUGACAUACACGGACAAUAUACUGAUUUACUUCGAUUAUUCGAGUAUGGCGGAUUCCCUCCGGAUGCGAAUUACUUAUUUUUAGGCGAUUACGUCGAUAGAGGAAAACAAUCGCUGGAAACAAUCUGCCUAUUGUUAGCGUACAAGAUUAAAUACCCCGAGAACUUCUUCUUACUUAGGGGUAAUCACGAAUGCGCUAGUAUUAACAGAAUUUAUGGAUUUUACGACGAAUGUAAACGAAGAUAUAAUAUAAAGUUAUGGAAAACGUUCACUGAUUGUUUCAAUUGUUUGCCUAUCGCGGCCAUAAUUGACGAGAAAAUAUUCUGCUGUCAUGGUGGAUUAAGUCCUGAUUUGCAAGGAAUGGAACAAAUUCGUCGUAUUAUGAGACCAACCGAUGUACCUGAUACAGGUUUGUUGUGUGAUUUACUUUGGUCAGAUCCUGACAAAGAUGUUCAAGGUUGGGGCGACAACGAUCGAGGUGUUUCCUUUACGUUUGGUGCUGAUAUCGUUAGUAAGUUCCUGGCCAGACACGAUUUAGAUCUUAUAUGCCGUGCCCAUCAGGUCGUUGAAGACGGUUAUGAAUUUUUCGCCAAAAGACAAUUAGUGACUUUGUUUUCGGCUCCCAAUUAUUGCGGCGAGUUUGAUAACGCUGGUGGUAUGAUGUCGGUCGAUGAUCAGCUAAUGUGUUCUUUCCAGAUUCUCAAACCAUCUGAAAAGAAAGCCAAAUACCAGUACGGUAGUUUGAAUUCAGCACGUCCUAAUACACCUCCGAAGCGAAAAUGAUUCCUUCAUUCUUUCAAAAAACCCUUCAAGAGUUUUUUCAAAUUUUAACUAAUCGCGAUUUACAUAACGGACACACUAUCGGAAGUACCUUUCAUCAAUAAUCCUUCAUUAAUGUAUCAUUUCCAACGGGAUUUUUUUAGCUUUCGUGUUUUUAAUACUCUUUUCAAAGUUGGUCAUCUCGGAUAAUCCAUCCUAUUCAUGUUUUUCUUAAAAUUAUUCUUAAUCAUUUGCUUUUUAUCUAUAUCUAUAGAUUUUUUUUUUUAACCAGUUAGUAUAUUAUUUUAGUGUAAUUGAAUUUUGGCCCGAUGCCAAAACCAAAAAAAAGAAUGAUCGGAGCAAUAAUUUCGUCCUCAUUUUCCCUGUUUUCCUUACUUUAUUUUUUGUUGAUUGAGUUUCUUAUUUUUUUUUUGUUUUAUUUUUUAAGUUGCACAACUUGUAUAAAAAUUUUUGAAUUUUUUUCAUCUUCCACUUCGUGUUGUUUUUCUUUUUUUUUUUACCUUAAGGUCGUUUUGUUUGACAUUUUAAUAACUUUCAAGGCUUUGCACAAUUUUCUAUAAAUUUAAGAAAACUGUCAUUGUUUUUGUCCAAUUUUAAUACUUAUUUAGGUAAUUUAUAUAAGUUUAAUUUUUGUCACUUUAUUAGUUGAGAUGAUGAAUCUGUAGAGUUUUUUUUUUUUUUUUUGUGAUAAAACGACAACGCCUUUUCUUUAGGUUGAUCGAGUAGACCAAAAAAAAAAACAUUUGCUGUAAUGUGGUACUUUUACAAUUUUUUUUAACUAGUCUUGAUUUUUAGUUCGGGAGGUUGUUCUUGUUUAUAUACGUAAAAAAAUCGUAUUUAAUUUGUAGAUUAAAACGAAUGUGUAUUUGUUCUGCUAUCUCAGAUCGUGUUGUUGGUUCCUAAACUAGGGCGCGUGAUUAUGUAAAUAAUUAAUUUUUCUUCGGCAAAUACACAUUCCAACGGAGCUAUCGAAUUUGUGCUAAUUGAAUAAUUACGUAGCGGGUCGUAAAAGUAUCGCGAAAUCGAUAAAGAAAAAUUGAUAAAAAUAACGUUGAUAUGUAAUUGACUAAAAGAAAAAAUUAAACUAUUAUUGUACAUUAUUAAAAUGAUAACAUUAAUCGAAGAUGUAAAAUUCUAUACACCAAAUACAAAUUUUACCCUAAAA